CUCUCUCUCUCUCUCCCCCUCUCUCAACGCACAGUAGACUAGAAAUUAUGGAGGAACGUUCAUCGGCAGUUGAUCUGGACUCACUUCUCCUCUCGCACGGAGAAUCCGACUCCGAUGAAGCACCUGAUGGCCACCACCUCACCGUCGACGAAAUACUCCUCAACCACUCUUCCUCUUCUCCUUCCCCUCCUUCUUCCCCUUCCACUUCCUAUUCUUCGACUUCCUUGCUUCACUCACAUACAUACAACACAUCUACUGCUAUUCCUCUUACCAAUACCACAACUAAGUAUGUUGGUAGGGUUUUGCCGCAAUUAUUUAGCACUGGGGUUAGCAGAUCCAGUGCCAAGCCUGGCGCCGCUUUGGCCGCCGCUGCCGCUGCUUCUCGCUCAAUUCCCACGCCCCAUGCCACUGCCAUCAAGUUGAGAAGAGCUACCGCCGCUUUUCUUCAGAGCUCGGUUUCUGAAAAUGCGCAAAAUAAUGUUUCUACUCAUGAUUCCACUUCGCCACCAUCAAUUUCAAUUGGGGUUUCCUUAGUUUCUCAAAAGGACUCUAAUGUGGAUGGCUCUGGCCUUUCUGCUCUUCACGAAGAAGACCAAGGUGUUAAACUGGAACAAUUCCCUUUGAAAAUUAUCAAUUCAGACUCUGAAAAAGCCCAAGAUGCUCUUCGGGAUUAUUCUGUUAUGCACAACAGGCUUCAGGAAAAUUCCGUUUCAACCAACUCCAAGACUCUUCCAGAUGCCUCCGAUAAUGAUGAACAAUGCAGAACUCCAAUUUUUGAAAUUGUUUCUCAUGUUAAAAAAGAUAAAGAUAUAAUAUUGGAUGAACUUAAUGUGAAUGAGCCCUUGUUAAACGAAAAAACUGAUGACUAUCCUGAAGUUGUCCCUGCUAACGAAUCUGGUCAAAAUAACAGGAUGGUUGGCCCCCCUCCAAUUUUGAAUGAUGUUGAUAGUGAAUGUACAACUGCCGAAGAAGAAUCAAAUAAUUUUGGGAGUGUGCAGGCUGAAGACAAGGGAGAUGACGAUGCUAGUGCACAGACAGAUGUUGCAGAUAUACACGAAGACUUGGUUGCAUUAACAGAUAACAACUCGGACCAUGCAAAAUUUCAGGAGAAAUCUUGUUCUUUGUUAAAGCCACUUGACUUAGCUGAAGAAAUUGAAAAGAAGCAAGCAUUUACAGCUUUGCACUUUGAAGAGGGUGCAGCUGCACAACCAAUGAGGCUUGAGGGUAUUCGAAGGGGCUCUACGGUGCUAGGUUACUUUGAUAUUGAUUCCAACAAUGCUAUUACUAGGACCAUCUCGUCGCAAGCUUUCCGGCGAGAUCAUGGGUCUCCUCAAGUUCUAUGUGUACAUUUGAACUACAUUGCAGUAGGAAUGUCCAAGGGAUCAAUUUAUGUUGUGCCUAGCAAGUAUACUGCUCAUCAUGUUGACAACAUGGAUGCAAAGAUGACGUCGCUUGGAUUACAAGGGGAUAGGUCUCAUGUCCCCGUAACUUCCAUGUGCUUUAAUCAGCAAGGAGACCUACUUUUUGCGGGAUAUGGUGAUGGUCAUUACACUGUUUGGGAUGUGCAGAAGGCCUCAGCACUUAAAGUUAUCACUGAACAUAGAGCUCCAGUAGUUCACAUGUUAUAUCUGGGCCAAGAUACUCAAGUUACUCGUCAAUUUAAUGUUGUUAGUGGUGACAGCAACGGUGUGGUCAAGUUGAUUCGUUUCUCAGUCGUUCCAUGGCUCAAUAGGAUAUCCUAUACGAAAUCAAUGAAACUUUUAGAUGAAACUACUAGCAGAGUAAUAUGUGCUUCUCCGUUGCUAUAUGGUGACAGCCAUGGAGGUACGAUGAUGUCCUCUCAGAGUAGUAAUGCAGUUUCUGCUAGUAGUAUUAGUAGUAUGAUGGGAGGCAUGGUUGAUGAAGGUGUUGUCAUAUUCAUUACACAUCAAUCUGCUCUUGUGGCGAAAGUUAGUCCCAACGUCGAAGUAUACGCUCAAAUUCCCAAACCAGAUGGCGUCAGGGAAGGAGCUAUGCCAUAUGCUGCGUGGAGAUGUAUGUCACAGUCACUUGGUUCUUCCUCUGAAAAUGCUCCUGUUGAGACAUCAGAUAAAGUUUCACUGCUUGCCAUUGCUUGGGAUCGGAAAAUUCAGAUUGCUGAGCUGUUGAAGUCGGAGCUAAAAGUAAUAGAGAAGUGGACUCUUGAAAGUACUGCUAUAGGCCUCGCAUGGUUGGGAGAUCAGAUGUUGGCCAUCCUCACUUCGACGGCCCAAUUGUAUUUGUAUGCAAAAGAUGGAAAUGUGAUUCACCAGACAAGCUUUUCCGUGGAUGGAUUCCAAGGGGAUGGUCUCAUUUCCCAUCAUAUAUAUUUUGCUAAUGCUCUUGGAAACCCAGAGAAAGCUUAUCAAAACAGUGUUGCGGUUAGGGGUGCUACCAUAUACAUACUUGGUCAGGAGCAUCUAAUUGUUUCUCGUCUUCUUUCCUGGAAGGAACGAAUUGAAGUUUUGCGAAAAGCGGGUGACUGGAUAGGUGCCUUAAACAUGGCAAUGACACUUUAUGAUGGUCAAACACAUGGUGUUAUAGACCUUCCAAAGAACUUGGAUGACAUACAAAGGAGUGUUAUGCCCUAUCUUGUAGAAUUGCUUCACUCAUAUGUUAACGAAGUAUUUUCCUAUAUAUCAGUUGCAUAUAACAACCAACAAUCAAAGCUGGAUGAACUGGAUGGCAUUAAGGAGCAAUAUACCCGUGUUGGUGGUGUCGCAGUUGAAUUUUGUGUGCAUAUCAGGAGAACUGACAUCCUCUUUGAUGAUGUGCUGACUAAAUUUGAUGAUGCUCAACAUAAAGAGACAUUCUUAGAGCUUUUGGAGCCAUACAUUUUGAAAGAUAUGCUGGGAUCACUUCCGCCUGCGAUCAUGCAAGCAUUAGUGGAGCACUAUAGCAAGAGAGGUUGGUUGCAACGAAUUGAACAGUGUGUACUCCACAUGGACAUCUUGUCCCUGGAUUUUAACCAGAUUGUCCGCUUAUGCAGGGAACACAGGUUGCAUUGUGCGUUGAUAUAUUUAUUUAACAAAGGUCUAGAUGAUUUUAGGACACCUCUUGAGGAGCUCCUGGUUGUAUUACGAAAUAGCGCAAGAGAAACCGCUACUUCCCUCGGCAGGUACAGGAUGCUUGUUUAUCUGAAAUAUUGCUUCCAGGGUCUUGCUUUUCCUCCAGGACGUGGAAAUCUUUCUCCUACUCGCCUGCCCUCUCUUAGAAAAGAGCUUUUGCAUUUUCUGUUGGAAGAUUCUACUGCUCCAAGUUCGUGGGUAGUUUCAAGGUUGCCAUCAAAUGAAACCUAUGCAAAUGUGCUGCAUCUUUUAGAAUUGGAUACUGAAGCAACCCUAGAGGUUCUGAAAUAUGCUUUUACAGAAGUUGAACUUCCUAAACCGACUCACUCUUCCGAGGAAUCAACCAAUGUCAACAUGGAGUCAGCUGAAAGUCAGAAGUUGGUUCAAAAAGUUGUGAAUAUUCUUGCCGAUGUUCUCGAUGCAAGUUACUUCCAAACAAGCAGUCCUAUCUGUGGGGAUGAUAUUAAUUGGGUAGAGAUUUGGCCUUCAAAGAAAGAUGUGGUUCACAUGUACGAUUUUAUAGCUUACUAUGUGGCAUACGAGCAGGCUAAUGUCUCUAGAGAUGUCUUAAGUCAAAUUUUGGAGUAUUUGACGUCAGAGCUAAAUAUUUCGGAAACUGUGUCAGAGAAGACAAUUGAAAUCUUAAAAAGACGAGAGAAGAAACUACUGUCACUGCUACAAGUGGUUCCUGAAACUCACUGGGAUGCUCCUUAUUUGUUACAUUUAUCAGAGAAGGCUCAGUUUCAUCAGGUCUGUGGCUAUAUCCAUGCCAUCAGGCAUCAAUAUGUUGCUGCCAUGGAUAACUAUAUGAAAGCAACGCAUGAGCCGAUAUAUGCAUUCUCUUUUAUUUAUGAUAUGUUUAAGCUACUUGGCAAUGAAGAAUCUGAUGCUUUUGAAUCAGCCGUCGUGUCUCGCAUUCCAGAUCUUGUUAAACUGAGCAGAGAAGGAACUUACUUUCUAAUAAUUGACCAUUUUUCUGGAAAAACUCAAUAUAUUUUGUCUGAGCUUCGGUCUCACCCAGAAAGUCUUUUCCUCUAUCUAAAGACAGUUAUUGAGGUCCACACAACUGGUUCUCUCAACCUCUUCCGUCUAGAGAAAGUCGACGCUUUAGAUUUCCCUUGUGCAAGAAGAGCUCAUCAACAGUCUAAUGGUGUCCAAGCUUAUCUGGAAGCCAUUUUCAGCUCCCCAAAACCUUUGCACAACAAUCAAGUUAAUGUGACUGAUGAAAUGAUGGAGCUGUAUUUUGAGUUGUUAUGCCGAUAUGACCAUAAAUCAGUUCUCAAAUUCUUGGAGACUUCUGAGAGCUAUAGAGUGGAACACUGUUUACGUUUAUGCCAGGAAUAUGGAAUAAUUGAUGCUGCUUCAUUCUUGUUAGAAAGGGUUGGGGAGGUUGGAAGUGCCCUUCUUCUAAUUCUUUCUAAUCUUGGUGAGAAAUUUGUCAUGCUUGAUGCUGAAGUUCAAAAAGCAGUUUCUUACGCCAUUGUGGAUAACCUCAAUGUUUUCCUAAAAAAAGAAGUGGUGGCUGACAUACUUGAUAUCGUGCAUGGUUGUAUAAGAUUAUGCCAGAGAAACAGUCCCCGUCUGAAACCCGAAGAGUCUGAGCACCUUUGGUUUCAGUUGCUUGAUUCGUUUUGUGAGCCCUUGAUGGAUUCUGGAAAUGACACAACAGAUUCUGCAAGGAAAGUAGUCAAGGACACUAUUGAUGGAUCAAUUAAUGAUGUAGAAGAUGAAGAAGGUAGCAAAUUUAAAUGGAAAGUCUCCAAGUGUAAUGAAGGAGCUCACAUGAUGAGAAAACUGUUCUCAGUAUUUAUUAAAGAAAUUGUCGAGGGUAUGAUUGGAUAUGUUCGGCUCCCACAAAUCAUGUUGAAACUUCUUUCAGACAAUGGUAACCAAGAAUUUGGUGAUUUUAAACUUACCAUACUGGGGAUGCUUGGAACAUAUGAUUUCGAAAGAAGAAUACUGGACACUGCAAAAAGUUUGAUCGAGGAUGAUACAUAUUAUACCAUGAGUUUACUCAGGAAAGGAGCUUCACAUGGUUAUGCCCCUAGGAGCCUUGUCUGUUGUAUCUGUAAUUCAAUCCUUGCAAAAAGCUCAUCAGAUUCUAGAAUUCAAGUAUUUAGUUGUGGUCAUGCAAUGCAUCUCAGAUGUGAACUUCAGGAAAAUAGUGCCUCAUUUAGUGGAACCUUAGUAGGAUGUCCCAUUUGCAUUCCUCGGAAAAGAGCACAAAGGUCAAGUGACAAAUCUAUAAUGCUUGCGGAGAAUGGACUAGUGAGCAGCUCCCCUUCAAGGAUGCAGCUAGCACGUGGGACACCUGCUUUGCAUCCUCAUGAUCACGAAACUGUGGAUAACUCUUAUGGUUCACAUAAUCAUCUACCUUCAAGGUUUGAGCUCUUGCAUAAUCUUGAAAAAGAUGAAAAACUGAUUCAAAUAGAGAACACGACUCAGUUGAGGCUUGCGCCACCUGCUCUUUACCAUGAUAAGGUUAAGAAAAGAAUUGAUAUCUCGGCAAGUAGCAGUCGUGUUUCCACUACUGAGAAACCAAGGAAUAGGCAACUUAGGGAUGUCAAAGUGAAAGGAUCAUCACUCCGAUUCCCCCUUAAAUCAAAUAUAUUCAGUAAAGAAAAGAUCACUCGUAGGAGGUGAUACAAAACGUUCAUGUGGAUAUGUAUUGGCGAUGCGGUAACUCAUCAGUAAAUAUUUGGCUGCAACAACUCAAUAAUGUGGUUCCGACAUAUUUUUGUGGAAAAUGAAUCAGCUAGCAAGUUAAAAUUUAUUUUAUUUCUAGCCCUUGGUUGGUGAUUAUUAGUUGUAGUUUGCGUAAUGUAUAAUACAUGCACCCGAGGCAUGACAAUGCCCGAUUAGAGUUACGUUUCUCAAAAUAUUCACUAAUAUCAUGACAAUGAACUGACUGACGGUAUUUAUUUCGUACAAUUUCAAGAAAAUGUGCUUUUGAAUA